AUGAAUUCAAAAGAAGCCCCUGGAGCUCCUGGAAAAGAGGAACCCAAGAGCAUUGCCCAAACAAAGUGGCAUUAUCAGCCCAUGGCUCGGUGCCACCUGUGGGUGCCCGCGCCUGUAUUUGAGAGUGACUUCAUACAGAUUAAUAAACGUGGUGAAAUCAUCGAUGUGCACAAACGGGUGAGAGUGUUGACAGUGGGCAUCGCGUCCACCAGCCCCAUCCUCCUGAUACCAGACGUCAUGCUGCUGGCCCUACCGGUAGCUGACUGUGACGAGCCUGGCGGGUGUGGCCAGGCCACCAAGGGAAAAGGCCGCAAGGCUAGGAAGACCUUAGAGCUCACCAGGCUCAUCCCCUUGAAGUUUGUGAGGAUCUCAAUUCACAACCGCCAGAAUCAACAGCUGCGCCUGAAGUUCACGACUGGCAGGAAGUGCUACUUGCAACUAUGCCCCACUAGGGACGCGCCCGAAGACCUGUUCGCCUACUGGGAAGAGCUCAUUGACCUCCUGCGACCACCCCUGGCCUACUUCAGUGGCACCUACGUCGUCCCAACCCGGAAGGACAGGAGUCCAUCAGAGGGCGGGCUCCUCUCGGACGCGGAGAGCGCAGGCGCGGCGGAGGAGCAGGCGGGAAAGCAGUCCCGCAAGGGCCGGCGGGAGCUCACGAACAAGGAGCCCACCUUCCCCGGCUCCAGUCACGGCAGCGCAGCCAACAGCCACCACGAGGCGGGGGGGGGGGGGGGGGGGGGGGGGGGGGGGGGGGGGGGGGGGGGGGGGGGGGGGGGGGGUGACAAGAGCAACCAGAAAACCGCUAUCCCGUCCCCAGCCCGCCAGAGAGCCGCGAGGGAGGACAAGGACCAGUCCCUCGACAGCCGGGGGAGUGGCAGCCGCGCGCCCCACAAAGGCAUCAGCCGCGCGCCCCACCCCAAGGAUUCCAGCGCAUCCCACAAACGUGGGCUGAGCUCCACAGGCGGCUCGGGGUUGGCCAAGAAGCUGGGCAAGAUACACUUGUUCCUCAGGAACGUCAAAUCUAACCCUACUACCAGGACCACGCGGCAGAGACGUGGAUGUGCUCAUGAAACCCGUGGACAGGACCGGGAUGGGGCCAUGAUCCAGGCCUCGGAGAACUGCCAGGGCCUGGGAAGUGCAGGAAGUCGGACAACUGACGACAUGGAGACCUUCAAAUCCCAUUAGGAGGGCUUUCCUCACAAACGUUUAAGUAAACAACCAUAUAAUUUGA